GUUUUCACUGUCCUGACGUCGCAAUCCGGAUGUCAGCAGGGUUGGAAAAAACUGUGUAUUGGUGGGACCUUUGCUACUUUAUCAAAGGGGAGUGAAAUAUUGUGUAUGGCUCGUCUGUUCGUGUGUAUGUGUCACGUAUAUGUGUUUUUGCGAUUACAGUAUAGUACACAUUGCAGCAUUACCAUACACAUACAGUGCUGUCAUUUUUGUAAUAUGUGACUGGAUUAGGGCCACAAAGUGGUGUGAACACUAUUUUAUAUUUGUAUGUACAAAAUUUAAUGUUAUUCUGAUAUUCACACUGUCCUAGACACUGUGCACAUGUUUUUUUUUACUAUGACAUAAUAUAUCAUACUUGACAAUUUAAGAUCAACCUUACCAUUGAAAACGCAUUGUAAAGUCAGGCCAUGUUAGCUGUUUGUACAACAACUCCAUUAUUCUGCCAUCUAAUGACAACCUGUAGCUGGUGGACAGUUGAACUGUUGACCUGCUGUAGGGGCAAACAUGUUUACAGCAACUUAUUCCAGACUUACAUUCCCAGUUGUUACCACAGCCCCAAGGAAAAUAUGAAGGUUUUGAGUUGUUUUAGCCUACUAGAAGAUGGCACAGGGAUUUGCUUGACUGUAUGAGUGGGUUAUAGGUGACAUAGUGAUGCUAUACCUCCAUACUAUACCUCCAUACCAUACCACCUCCUUUUGUAGCAAUGGGUUCAUUGUUUCCUCUUGUUGAAAAUAUAAGACUAUGAAUUAUUUAUUAUGCAUCAAUGAUUACAAUUGCACUUUUGCUGAUAACAUAUCAUAUCAUAACAUGUUGUAUAGCGCAGAAAAAUGGUAAGGUGUAUUGUAAUGGGCUAUGGUAGGUUGUUAUAGGCUCAAAGCCUAGAGAUCCUGGAUUCAUGUCCCCUGAUAUAUGCUCCAAUUUUGUGGCCUUUCAGGGACUUUUAAUACCGAUUUUCUCACUUCACUGAGAUGAAACGAGUACCUAUAAUGUGGCUACGGUUAGGAUGGUUCCUUGGAUAGGAUGUUAGACGGAGGGCCUGUGUUUGAGGAGGGCCUAAUGCACCUCUAGCAUGUUAAAGAACCCACCAACCUUACUGAGAAAAGAAUGGGGUCCAGUAUGGUCUGAGUGAAUCAUUCAAAUUUGUCCCAAUAUGCAAGUUGUACUGUUCAGCACAAACCUGGUGUUUUAUGCCAUAUUAAAGAUGGUUUUCCAGGUAUGCAAACAUUUGUACCCAUGUUGAUGCAUAAACAUUAGCAUGCAUUUGAUUUUUACUGUUUACUCUGUUAUCCAUUUUCCUUAAUUUCACUCUGCAUCAUUGUAAAAUUUGUAUUUUAUCAGUUUUAUGAUUAUAGCAGUAUCAACAUAUUAAAGUCAAUACCAUGCAGAUGUUACAACAAUGACCUAAAACCUGACAUACAUUUGGAAAUUGUGAUGUAAACCUGUGAAUGUUGAUGUAUAAAUUUGGUUGUUUGUACUUAACAAUGACUUGAUUAUAAUAGCUUCUGGUCUUGUGACAGUUGGUUGCACAAUGUAUGUGGAGGGCACAAGGGUACAGUGACGUGUACACCCAUAUACAGGUCUGACAACUAGCUUGGGAACAUCUCAAAACUUCUGCAUUUAUCUUCUUUGGCAGAAUUUUUACAGUCUUUGGCAAACAAGUUAGUACCUUGAUGCCCACGCCUUGUAAUUCUGUUGGUGUUUAGUAUACCUUUGAGUAUAGGAAACAGGCAUCUAAAACAUUGUAUAGGGUAUUGAAAUCGUCUGGGAGUUCCUUGUGGGAUUGUUCAUACCUUCAGGCAUUAUCCCUUGUUUAUUGUUCCGUGCAAGCAUUCUUGUCUGAGGUGUGGGCUGUAUCAUAAGCUGUUGUCCACCUCUAUCUUUGACGUCACCUGUGCAACUGCUACACAAAAUGGUGUAACUUGUUGCGUGAUACAAUUGGUUUUUGAGCUGUUGCUGCAACAUGUAAUUUGGGAGCUAGACCAUGUUAUUUCUGGACGAGAACACUUAAAUGUGACCUUUUGGACAACUCGAGUACAACUGCACUAUGACUGACCAUGAUGUUCCCUACGAUAUUGGAUAUAGUGUCAUACUGCCACUGGCCCCCAGCAUUGCCAUUGUUGGUGUCUUCCUCUGUUGGUGUUGUACUUGUUGUUACUGUCACAUCAAGCGAGAGGCAAGAUUGAGAAGAGAAGCAAGGCUGGAAAGGGGAUAUAAAAAGAUCACAUACAAGAAAAAGAAAUGUUCUUCAAAUGAGUUGGACUUCCUCUCUGACAAGACCUGUGCAGUGUGUUUAGAAGACUUCAAGCUGAUGGAGGAGAUUGGGCUAUGUCCAUGUGGACAUGCCUUCCAUAGAAAAUGUAUUUCCAAGUGGCUGGAAAUCAGGAACACCUGUCCCAUGUGUAACUCCCAAGUCAAACAGCAGGCCAGUGAGAGGUCCACCCUGGUCAGGACAGUGGACCUCCCUGUCACAAGAGUAUGAUGGACCCUUCCAAUGACACACCAUGGGGUAGUUGGAAAGGUCCAUUAAUGAGGCAGGUAGGAGAGCUGGAUUAGACAGUAAACAUUAUGUAGACUCAAAGUCAUUUCCUUGUUAUAUAGUCUUUUUAUAUGUGGAGGAGUAUUAGAAUGAUAAUUAGUUAACAACAGCCUAUUUUAUCCAACAACCAAUACUUCUGUGGAUUGCAGAACUCAUUCCCUUCCUGUAUAUGUCAAAUAGGACUGAAAUAUAUUGAAGAUAUUUGUGAAUAUGAAUAUGUCUUAGAUUGUGGUAAGUAUAUGCUAACUAAAGUUUUUAUGUCAACAGUCAAGUGUCAUGCUGGAAGCUUAAAAAGUUGGAAAGCAAUUUGAAAUUCAGCCAAUGUGUAUAUACUUGUAUCAGCAUUUGCAAUCAUGGUAUUCUGGUCUUUCUUUCAAUCAUCUGUGAAGCCAAAAGUUGAACCAAAAUGGCAGCUUGGACUUAAGCGGAACUUGAAGAUCCUAUGUCUAGGUAGCUCAUACACUGUACAAUGUAAGUUCAUUUACUUAAUUUGCGGUGGUUUGAAUUAGUUAAUGAAAGAUUUCAAGAUUUACAGUAGGCACUUAUUUUUUCAUCAUUAUUAAUCAAUAUACAUAACUGGAAUAUUUACAAGUUUGCAAAAGUGGUUAUUAAGAUCAGCACCCAGUAGCAAAUCACAUCCUCAAUGUGUCAGCUGUCUGUAGAAGAGAGCUGGGAUAAAAACAACAACUUUUUUUUUUACUGAGACACGAAAAGAGUUAUUCCAAAAUCAAACAGAGUCAACAACUGUUACUUGCUCCUUCCUCAAGUUUGGCACGUAUAUUUAUGCAAAAAAUGGCCUCUGAAACCAAUACAGGGUAGAUGAAGGAAGAAAGAGGACUUGUAGGGUUCCCCGAGUUGGAUCAGGGAUGUUAUUCCAGAGACGUGAAAGAGCAUGUACAUGUAAACUGGCACAUAUGUACAAGGAGAUAACAGUACAAAUGUAGUACAAUAGAAAUUACUGAACAGUCAUCUGCGCUUGCAGGAAAAGAAAUGACAAAUGGAGUACAUGUACAAAUACAUGUACAGUCAGUAUACCAUUGGAUUAGUUCUGUGCUUCACAUACUACUGCCAUGAUAUUCUCCUGUUUUUUCACAGCACGAAGUUAGAAAAAGUAACCUUCUCCCUGCUGAAGAAGCCUUUUGGCACCAUGGGUUAGGCAGCAGGGAGAAGGGUGAUUUGGUAUCAGAUGUGUUUCUGUCAGGUUUAAUAGUCAAUGCCUACCCAAAUUGUUUGAAGAAAUUGCUGUAAAAUCUUACCAAAGUAAACUAAUGACUCUAAGACAGUUGGCCUAAGACUGGGGAUGUGCAUGGCACCUUACAUUACAGUUAGCAGGGUUUUAGAAUUUAGAUCCUCCCUUGUUGUUGAAGAUUAUGUCUGUGCAAGUCCAUGAAUACACAGAUUAGAAUAUUGUGCCAUUGACAUUGUGUUGGGCUGAGUAAAUUUUGUCCAUUUUGUACCGUGAGUGCCAUAGUAAUAGUGCUACGUAAUCAUAGUAAUGUGUGUAACUGUAAUAAAGGUACUGUUGUAAAAUUACCUCUUCUGGUAUAAAUGAUUAUAUACUAUAGAAUGAUGUGAACAAGCUCUCUACUGUUCUACAAUUUAAACUAUAUUUCAUGCAAGGAUGGAGAUAUUUUAGUAUGAUGUAUUUAGAAUUGGAUAUUGGUACUUGUUGCGAUAUGUACAUUGGAAGAAGUUAGUGUAUAUUGCUGUAUGUAAGGUAUCUUGUCUAAGGGAUGGACCCAAAAGGUUGUGACGGGUUUUAGUGAGAAAAUGACAAUGAAAAAGACAACAGGAUUGUUCCCAAGUAAAGGACCAUUUGCCCAAAACAAUGGGGAUGGGGUUUUGUGCGCUUGAAAUAUAUCUGCGUGAGAACCUUGUGCAUCAAAAAUUUGCAUGGGACAAUAUGCAAUUUAGCUAAAAAAAAAUUUGACAUUUGCGUGUGAAACAAUAUCUGUUUGAGGAUUUACCAUUUCCUUGUAUUUCUGACAUGUUCCUGAUAUGCAAAUUAGGCUAUUCCCAAGGGAUCUAAAAAUCAGUAAUUUUUCAAAGCAUUGACAGGUCAUGUGGUCACAUUUGUCUGCCUUAGAUGAGUUGACUGCACAUUUUCUGACAUGUUUUGAGAUCUUUAUUUUGUCACCUGCAAAUUGUUCACGUGCAUGCACACGUUUUUCAAGCACAUAAACCUGUUCCCAAGACAGUGCAAGAACCCCCCUUUUCCACAAAGAAAAGUUUCAUAAACCACAAAGAACAUCUCAACAUGAAUAGCCCUCACCAAUCCUUAAUCUGGUCCAUCCCUAAUUGUUUUUAAAUUGCUUGACUCUUAUAAGGCACCUGUAAAAAAUCUGUUUGAUCUUUUGUACAAAUCUAAAUAGCAAGGCAACCUAAAAAACUGCUUUUCAUGGGCAGGUUCCAUUGUAUGGUAACAUUGGUAUAGUGAAAAUGUUGCUGAUGUUGGCAUCGGAUCAGUUAAACCUAUGGUUAGGAAGAAUACUUGUAACUACCUGACAGCAGUAAUGGACACCCAGAACUGCUUGGGCUUUUUCCACAAGACAGCAACUGUUGGAAGACUGUUGAGUGACCAAGACUGGUUUUGUGCAGCUCUAAAAUUGGAAUCAAUGCAUGAUUUUAGGCAGUGGGUAUGAUUUCAAAGGUACAUGUAUGAUUUGAAAGACAAAACACAAAAAAUUGUUCUCAAUGUACGAAAUUCAUUUUUUGGUUGCUCAUUGGUUGCAGCUUUUAGUGGAGAAACGGUGUUAAGAUGUAAGGUGGGUCUUGUACUUGGACAGCAAAGUUAAAGGAAUCUGUAUAAAGACUUGCUAUAUACAAGUUUUAGUACUUACUCAUCUUUUCUUGCCAAUCAGAAAUGCCAUCUACCUGAUAUUGGUAGUACUGCAACACAGUUCAGUCUGGAUUCUGUGAUAAGACACAUCACAGUGCUGCUUGUCUGAGAUAGAAUCCAAUGCACUGCACUUGGAAGAAGCAACACUGAGAUGGCAAAGACAUGUAGACAUGAUAGAUAUCACAUUGUAUUUUAUAUUAUUGGUAGUAGCUAUAUUGCUACCUCAGCAAAGACAGAUAUGUAUAACUUGUGUAACAGCCAGUUAAUCAAGUAGCGUGAAAGCAAGGUGAUGCAUAUACAUGUACAUCUAAGAUAAUUGAAAAGCAUAUGGAUAGUUUACCAAGUUUAUUCCUGAUGUUAUGAGCCUUUUCAAUGAACAGAUCAUCCUUGCUGGUGUCUGCAUGUAGAACAGAUCCUCCAAAUUAGUUUGCCUUCUAGUCACUUUCAAGCCAGUGAAUAGGUGAUAUACCAUGUAACGUAACUUCUGUUUGCAGUCGCAAGUGUAUAGUAGUUUAUUAGCAAAAUAAUCUAUGAAAGAAUGUAUAUAUAUAAGCUAAUUGAAAGAAAUCCACUGUAUCUUUUAUCAAUUACCAGUAAUACAAAUGUUGUGGUGCAUUGAA